AUGGCCGAUCUCAAGCUUCUGGGCUUCACUAUAGCUGUGGAUUCAAACUCUCAAACUUUGCAACCAAUAACACUGGAGUUGAGAAGGCGGAAAAUAUCAAAAGGAAGUGAAGUCCCAUUAAAACGUCCCCGGCUUGACAAAAAUUCAUCCCAGGAAAAGUCAAAAACCUAUUCGGAAAACACUGACAAAGACUUAACAAGGAGACGGUCCUCCAGGCUGUCCACUAAUGGGACGCACGAGAUCCUAGAUCCUGACUUGGUUGUAUCAGAUUUGGUUGAUACAGUUAAUACUGACCCUUUGCAAAACACAUCAUCCAGUACCAAGGAAUCUGAAGAAGGUCAGUUGAAAUCUCCUUUGGAAGCUGGCCAGGUCUCAUCUGCAUUGACUUGCCACUCCUUUGGUGAUGGAUUGGGGGCUGCAGGCUUGGAGUUGAACUGCAAGUCAAUGGGAGAAAACAGUAUGAAGACAGAACCGACUUCUCCUCUUGCUGAGUUACAAGAGAUUUCUACUGUGGCAGUAACAAAUACUUUUAAGAAAACAGAUGAUUUUGUGACAUGUAAAGCACCAGCUGUUGACCUAGAUCACAAGUUCAGGUGCAAGGUUGUGGAUUGUUUAAAAUUUUUCCGCAAGGCCAAACUGUUGCACUAUCACAUGAAGUAUUUCCACGGGAUGGAGAAGUCACCAGAGCCAGAGGAGAGUCCAGGAAAGAAGCAUGUCCAAACGAGAGGCUCUUCAGCUUCAGACAAGGCCAACCAGGAGAGCUUGACCAGGAAGCGGGUCUCUGCCAGUUCUCCAACUGCAAAAGAUAAGGAAAAGAAUAAAGAGAAGAAAUUCAAAGAAUUUGUGAGAGUGAAGCCAAAGAAAAAAAAGAAAAAGAAAAAGAAAACCAAACCUGAAUGCCCUUGCAGUGAGGAGAUCAGUGAUACCUCCCAGGAACCUUCUCCACCCAAGGCAUUUGCUGUCAACAGGUGUGGGUCCUCACAUAAGUCUGGGGUCCAUAUGAGCCCACAGCUCCAUGGCUCAGAAUCUGGAAACCAUAAAGGGAAAGUGAAAGUAUCUGAGGAGGAUAAUCUGAGUGAGUCUUCUUCUGAGAGCUUUCUUUGGAGCGACGAAGAGUAUAGUCAAGAUGUUGAUGUGACCACCAACCCAGACGAGGAGCUCGAUGGGGAUGACCGCUAUGAUUUUGAAGUGGUCCGCUGCAUCUGUGAGGUUCAGGAGGAAAAUGACUUCAUGAUUCAG